CCUCCGUGGCGGGCGCGGCGCGGGGCGAGUGGGCGCAGCGCGGAGCUCGGGCCCAUGGUGCGCCCGUGUCCGUCGGUCGGGCCGCGCGGCCGUCUCCGCGCGUGGCCCGGCGCUCGCGAACUCGCCCCCUCGCAGCGGGCCCGGCCCGCCCGCUGCCGCCGCCUCCUCCCCCGGGGCGGCGCGGCGCCGGCGGGCGGCGGCGCGGAGGCCGGACCGGGCGGCGGCCCAGGCGGCGCGGGGGGCGCGGCAGGCAAGGCGGGCGGCGCGGGCGACAUGACGGACAACAUCCCGCUGCAGCCGGUGCGCCAGAAGAAGCGGAUGGACAGCAGGCCCCGCACCGGGUGCUGUGAGUGGCUGAGAUGCUGCGGUGGGGGAGAGCCCAGGCCCCGCACGGUCUGGCUGGGGCACCCCGAGAAGAGGGAUCAGAGGUACCCCCGAAAUGUCAUCAACAAUCAGAAGUACAACUUCUUCACCUUUCUUCCUGGGGUGCUGUUCAACCAGUUCAAGUACUUUUUCAACCUCUAUUUCUUACUCCUCGCCUGCUCGCAGUUUGUACCUGAAAUGAGACUCGGUGCGCUCUACACCUACUGGGUCCCCCUGGGCUUCGUGCUGGCUGUCACCAUCAUCCGAGAGGCGGUGGAGGAAAUCCGAUGCUACCUGCGGGACAAGGAAGUCAACUCCCAGGUCUACAGCCGGCUCACAGUGAGAGGCACCGUGAAGGUGAAGAGUGCCAACAUCCAAGUGGGAGACCUGAUCAUCGUCGAAAAGAACCAGCGGGUGCCUGCUGACAUGAUCUUCCUGAGAACAUCAGAAAAGAACGGGUCUUGCUUCCUGCGGACGGAUCAGCUGGACGGGGAGACGGACUGGAAGCUGCGGCUCCCGGUGGCCUGCACGCAGAGGCUCCCCACGGCCGCCGAUCUUCUUCAGAUUCGAUCGUAUAUCUACGCGGAAGAGCCGAGCAUCGACAUCCACAAUUUUGUGGGAACAUUUACCAGGGAGGACAGCGACCCUUCGAUCAGCGAGAGCCUGAGCAUCGAGAACGCGCUCUGGGCGGGCACCGUCAUCGCCUCAGGAACUGUUGUGGGUGUUGUUCUUUACACGGGCAGAGAACUCCGGAGUGUCAUGAAUACCUCAAAUCCUCGAAGUAAGAUUGGCCUGUUUGACCUGGAAGUGAACUGUCUCACGAAGAUCCUCUUUGGUGCUCUGGUGGUGGUGUCACUGGUCAUGGUGGCCCUUCAGCACUUCGCUGGACGCUGGUACCUGCAGAUCAUCCGCUUCCUCCUCCUGUUUUCCAACAUCAUUCCCAUCAGUUUGCGUGUGAACCUGGACAUGGGCAAGAUCGUGUACAGCUGGGUGAUUCGAAGGGAUUCGAAAAUCCCGGGCACGGUGGUUCGCUCCAGCACGAUCCCUGAGCAGCUGGGGAGGAUCUCUUACCUGCUCACGGACAAGACAGGAACUCUUACCCAGAAUGAGAUGGUUUUCAAGCGGCUCCAUCUGGGCACAGUGGCCUACGGCCUCGACUCCAUGGACGAAGUGCAGAGCCACAUCUUCAGCAUCUACACCCAGCAAUCCCAUGACCCGCCUGCUCAGAAGGGCCCUACCAUCACCACCAAAGUCCGGCGGACCAUGAGCAGCCGCGUGCACGAGGCCGUGAAGGCCAUCGCACUCUGCCACAACGUGACCCCCGUGUACGAGUCCAACGGCGUGACCGACCAGGCCGAGGCCGAGAAGCAGUAUGAAGACUCGUGCCGUGUGUACCAGGCGUCCAGCCCGGAUGAGGUGGCCCUGGUACAGUGGACCGAAAGUGUGGGCUUAACCCUGGUGGGCCGAGACCAGUCUUCCAUGCAGCUGAGGACCCCUGGCGACCAGAUCCUGAACUUCACCAUCUUGCAGAUCUUCCCUUUCACCUACGAGAGCAAGCGCAUGGGCAUCAUCGUGAGGGAUGAAUCAACAGGGGAAAUUACCUUCUACAUCAAGGGAGCCGACGUCGUCAUGGCUGGCAUCGUGCAGUACAACGACUGGCUGGAGGAAGAGUGUGGGAACAUGGCCCGAGAGGGGCUGCGGGUGCUCGUGGUGGCGAAGAAGUCUCUAGCCGAGGAGCAGUAUCAGGACUUCGAGGCUCGCUACGUGCAGGCCAAGCUGAGCGUGCACGACCGCUCCCUCAAAGUGGCCACGGUGAUCGAGAGCCUGGAGAUGGAGAUGGAGCUGCUGUGCCUGACGGGGGUGGAGGACCAGCUGCAGGCGGACGUCAGGCCCACGCUGGAGACGCUGCGGAACGCUGGCAUCAAGGUUUGGAUGCUGACGGGGGACAAGCUGGAGACAGCCACAUGCACAGCGAAGAACGCGCAUCUGGUGACCAGAAACCAAGACAUCCACGUGUUUCGGCUGGUGACCAACCGCGGCGAGGCCCACCUCGAGCUGAACGCCUUCCGCAGGAAACACGACUGUGCCCUGGUCAUCUCUGGAGACUCCCUGGAGAUCUGCCUCAAGUACUACGAGUACGAGUUCAUGGAGCUGGCCUGCCAGUGCCCGGCCGUGGUCUGCUGUCGCUGCGCCCCUACACAGAAGGCCCAGAUCGUGCGUCUGCUGCAGGAGCGCACUGGGAAGCUCACCUGUGCAGUAGGUGACGGCGGCAAUGACGUCAGCAUGAUUCAGGAGUCUGACUGCGGCGUGGGCGUCGAGGGGAAGGAAGGAAAACAGGCCUCGCUGGCUGCAGACUUCUCCAUCACUCAGUUCAGGCACCUCGGCCGCUUGCUCAUGGUGCACGGCCGCAACAGCUACAAGCGCUCGGCCGCCCUCAGCCAGUUCGUGAUCCACAGGAGCCUGUGCAUCAGCACCAUGCAGGCUGUCUUCUCCUCUGUGUUUUACUUUGCCUCCGUCCCUCUGUACCAAGGAUUCCUCAUCAUUGGGUACUCCACCAUCUACACCAUGUUCCCUGUGUUUUCUCUGGUCCUGGACAAAGACGUCAAGUCAGAAGUUGCCAUGCUGUAUCCUGAGCUCUAAAAGGGAGA